AUGAUUUUUGUGUGGUGGAGAUCAGGCUAUUGUGUAUUGUUCUGUCUGGCUCAACUUCAGCUGUCAUAUUUCAAUUCAGAUUUAAUGGACAAGGGGUUGGCAGGUAGUGCAAUAAUCAAUCUGAACACCCCAACGGGUUCAGCCGGUAAGCAUGAUUGGACCCUUAAAACUCCAGAAGGGGUCAAGUUCAAAGGGACAAUGAGUUGGCGAAAGGGAAAGAGGAAUCAACCUCAGUGUGUGACUUGGUCGAAUUAUGGUGGGUGUGAGACAGGAGAGGUGAUUAGAGGCCAUUGCUGCGUACCACACAAAUGA